CACCCUGAGGAGGAGGAGGGACGCACUGGACUUUCUCUCACUCCUUCCCAAAAACUGCAAAGAGCUCAGCCCGGAAAGCUCUGGAACAAUGAGGCUCGCCUGCCUGGCACUGCUCGCACUCCUGGGGUCCCUGGUGGUCUCAGAGGAGCAGUGCAAACCCGGCUUCAGCGAGCAGCGCUACGCCUUCACUGUGACCCGUAAAUUCCUGGAGAGAAACCGAAUCAUCGGCAAAGUGAGUUUUACAUCCUGCUCCGCUAACAACCGGGCCCUCUACUCCCCUGAUGACACCCGCUUCCGGGUGUUCCCUGAUGGCAAAGUGACAGUGAAGCGGCAGCUCACCCUCCACGACGGAUCCGUCAGUUUUGUGUUGAAUGCAUGGGAUGCCAACGGAAUGCGCCACUCUGUGCCCAUAUUUGUGUGGAAUGAAAGAGAAGAACAGUCUGAACACGGCCACCACCACAGAAGACACAAGAGAGACUGGGUGAUCCCUCCGAUCAACAUACCUGAAAACCAGAGGGGUCCAUUUCCCAAAACUGUUAUUCAGAUUAAAUCUAGCAGAGCCGACGAGAUGAAGGUAUACUACAGCAUCACAGGGCAGGGGGCCGACACUCCACCCGUGGGACUCUUCACCAUAGAGAAAUCCACCGGUUGGUUAUACAUCACCAAGCCCCUGGACAGAGAAGAGAUACCGAGCUACAAGAUUCUUUUUCAUGCCGUAUCGGCAAGUGGAGCGGCCGUGGAAAAUCCGAUAGAAAUAAUUAUCACGGUCACGGAUCAGAACGAUAACCGCCCGUACUUUACCCAGCCAGUCUUUGAAGGCACAGUGGCUGAAGGUUCCAAGCCAGGUGCGUGCGUGAUGACCGUGUCAGCGAUUGAUGCAGACGACACUGUGUACAGCGAUAACGGGGUGAUCCGAUAUUCCAUUACUGCCCAGACACCCCAAGAGCCCGACAAGGAAAUGUUUCGUAUCGAUCCCACAAGUGGAGCGAUCAGCGUCGGCAAGAGUGGACUAAGCUAUGAGCAAAGCAAAAAAUAUGUCCUGACUGUCAGUGCUACCGAUCAAGAUGGACGGGGAUAUAGUAGUACCGCCACAGCUGUCAUCACUGUGCUGCAGGCCGACGGAGAUAUGUCGGGGGGCAGUAACCGCCUGCUGAGCACGCACGUCCUAAAUACAGCGCAGGGGAUUCCCGCGAAAGGCCUGACCAUUACCUUGUCCAAGCUGGAUGCCGGCCAAGCGCAAUGGGUACAAGUGAGCAGAAGCGUCACCAAUGAGGACGGCCGCUGCCCCGGGCUCUUGCGAGGAGAACCUCUCACCGCCGGGACCUUCCAGUUACGUUUUGAUACCAAGGACUACUGGAAACAAAUGCAGCAGGACAGUUUCUACCCUUACGUGGAGGUCGUUUUCACCAUCGCAGACCCAAAACAGAAGUACCACGUGCCGCUCCUGCUGACUCCAUUCUCGUACACCACCUACAGGGGGAGCUAAUGGUAGAAAUGUGCCACUCCUUGUGUUAUUCUGGCACGGUCUACAUCCCCGAUCUUGGAUACGGCCGUCACCUACAGUCUUUAUUAUUUCAUGGUGAGGGCGCACGUAGGGUCAAAUAAAAAGAUGAGACAAGGA